AUGUCCUCUACAAUGACCCACAUCGUUCAGCGCCGACACUGGUUCGAUAGGAUCCGUAAAGUCAAAUGCGGAGAGGAAAGACCCAGCUGUAUCCGAUGCACCAGCACAGGACGCAAAUGCGAAUACAUUAGCCCUGCUCCAUCACGCCAGGUCCCAACGUCUAGCAUAGUCCCGGCACUGGACCACCCGCUUUCGCUCGCGCCGAAUAGUGUAUGGCGCGAGCGGCGGGCUUUUGCACAUUAUUCCCAAUACGCUGCAUCAUUCAUUGCGGGGGGACUGGACAUCGACUUUUGGGGUGGUGUUGUCCCCCAGGUAUGUCGGAGUGAGCCUGCGGUGUGGGACGCGAUCAACGCCAUCAGCGCCCUCUUUGAGAGCCCAGACCCGUCCUUCGAUUUUGUUUGGCUGCGGCGAAAUGACAACAACUGUCAGAGCUUGCGUCCUAGCCACAGUGAUGCCCUGCGCUGGUACGCGCGCUCGUUGGCCAAUAUGCGCAGCCAAAUUGACCGGGGCAGUGCGGAUAUCCGUGUAGCGUUGAUUACCUGCAUUCUGUUCAUCUGCAUAGAAACGCUGCAGGGGCGAGUGGAAGAGGCUCUACGACUUUAUCAGCAGGGGGUCAGCCUCAUCUUCGAGCUCCGGGCUCCAGGUGGCACUAGGAUGGGCUCUUGCACGGACUCCACUCUUUUGGAAGACACGAUCAUCCCUAUCUUCUUACGCCUGGGCACGAUCGCGCUGAGUAUUUCGGGGGUUCCCGUCAGUGGCUUACUCAACGAAAUGCAGGAUUCUACACGAAACACAUUCUCCUCUCUCAGCUCGGCCCGUCUCGCAAUGACCGCUCUCGCUGCAGAGGGCAUGAUCUUCCAGCGCACUGUCGGGGAGCAUUUUGCGAUCAAGGGCCACGAAUGCCCCAUUCCCCUAGCUUUGAAGAGCAAACAAGAGGAUAUCCAGAAACGGCUGGCGUACUGGCACCGAGCCUACACCAACUUAGUCGACUCGUCUGAUCCGUCAGAACUUCCUAGCAGCGUGACAUCUCUCCUGCUCACCUUCCACGCUGCCACAUCGAUUGUUACCGCCGUUUGCACCGAGCAGCUGGAGACCGCAUACGACGCUCAUCUUCCCCAAUUCCGACUCAUUGUCGAACAGUCGGCUGUACAUCUCGAAGCUUCGGCAGGCCCGAGUGGCAGGCAACCGCCAUUCACCUUUGAAAUGGGGCCUGGCCUCUCGCUGUUCCUGACGGCGAUUGCAUGCCGCGACCCAUGGCUGCGCCGGAGAGCCUUGCAACUAUUGAAAAGGGCGCCUCCAAUACAGGGACUGUACAAGUGUCCACCGGGUGCGACAUUGGCGGAAGCCUUGAUGAGAUUGGAAGAGUCAGCCUCUGUUAGGGCCGGUAGCCGCGAAUGUGCAGGGUCAUACGACGAGAGCACUAGGUACGACGAGCUUACUCGGCUGUAUACUUUUCCACAAAAUACAAGCAGUGAGAGCGAGUCCACGAUCCCUCUUGCGGCUUUGAUACCGGAGGAGUCUCGAAUUCACGGCUAUUGUGUUUUCCGGCCGCGAGACGAUCCCUGGCCCUUGGGCGAUCUGGACAUCUCCAAAUGGAAUCGAAGUUCUGACCAGAUCUACUUGAAGUUUUCUCGGAAUCGAUAUGACGAAAAUACAAAGACGUGGCGACUGGUCCAUGAUAUUGUCCCGAUGGACUAUUGA